AUGUGGAAACCGUCAGUCCGUCUCUAUCCCGCCACUGGAAGGCCUUCUGUUGCCUGCCUCGCCUGCAAUCGCGCCUCGAGAACCCCCUCAUCCCCAUCCUCAUCCUCAUCGAUAGCGCCGCCCGCCCGGCAGCGACGCUGCUUCCACGAAUACUUCGUCACCCACAUUCCCUCGUCUUCGCUGCAUCCAGACUCGGGCCCCAAACUCAACCACAAGCUGCCACGCGACAAGAGCACGCCUCAUGAGACCAAGGGAGACAGCCGCUCGCCGGCGGCCGUGGUGGGCGCAAACCGCGACAUGACAGUAGUCCGGAUACCGCUGAAGAGCGCGAAACACCACUUUGGCGUCUCCUUGUCGCGGGGCUCCCGCCCAUACAACGAGGACGCCUUCCAGGCAGGUACCAUUGAGAUCCCAGCGUUCGCCAAACGGCGUCCAAUGUCUCUCACACGCAAGGCCGGGGCUGCGAAUGAGGCCACCCCUGCCGACAGCGCCAGUGGAGAUCCCCAAGUCUUCUACUUUGGCGUCUUCGAUGGCCAUGGCGGCGCCGUGUGCUCUGGCUUCCUGAGAGAGCAGCUGCACAGCUACCUCGAGAAAGCAACGCAGCAGUUCGAACUGCAGAGCAGCCUGCAGAGGGCUGGGCCCUCGCUACCUGGCAGCGUGCAGGACCCGAACACAACACCAAGGAGCCAGCAGAUAAAAGACAAAGAGAGCCUGGAAGCCAUACAGACACAUACACCACCUGGCCUAGAGAAGAUGCAGCCACCAAACGGCGUGGACCGAGGUGACCUGCCCACCAAGUCACGAGACGGGUCCAUACCCGGCGAUCCACCCAUUCCACAGUCGGACAGUAUACGAAAAGCCGAAGAGAUGGAGCGUCAGCUGGUCAAGAGCUGGAAGGAGCUUGUGGGAGGCUACUUCAGGCGCUUCAAGCCAGAACACUUCUCCUUGUCCGCUGGCGGUCGAGGGCACCCCCACGAGAAGGAGGUCAUCACCAAGCGCCAUUCACCAAGCUCCACCAUUUCUGACGAUGCAAUCGAGGGUGUUGGCAUAGAAACGGUUCUGGAAUAUGCCUUUCUGAAAGCCGACUACGACUUUGUGGCUGCGCAAGUGGGCAAGAAAGAGGAAGACCCCGUUCGUGCAGACAAGGCCAUCAACGACGACGACAUCCUCGGCAAGCCCUCGCACGCAGGCCAGAACAUUGGGGGCACGAACCGCUUCAAGGGUGGCAGCACAUGCAGCGUUGCCCUCAUCUCGACGCCUACGCCCUCGCCUUUCUGGCACCCGUCUUCACCUUCAUCGCUCAUCACGGCCCACGUCGGCGACACGAGAAUACUACUCUGCAACACCGCGACAGGCCUUGCGGUGCCACUCACGUCCAACCAUCAUCCCUCUCUGCCCGAAGAAGCCACGCGCCUGCGCCGCUUCGCCGCAGCCUUUGUGACUGAUUCGUUUGGCGAAGAGCGCAUCUCCGGAUUGGCCAACACCCGAGCGUUCGGCGACAUGUCUUCGAAGCGUAUUGGCGUGUCGGCUGAGCCUGAGAUUCGUAGAGUGGAGCUUUCACCCGCCGAGUACUCAUUCAUCGUGCUGUGCUCGGACGGGGUCUGCGGUCAUCUCUCCGAUCAGGAGAUCGUUGACAUUGUCAAAGAGGCCAAGACUCCUGACCAAGCGGCUAGAGACCUCACGAGCUUUGCGGUCGAGACGUCCACUGGCAGUGAAGGCGCAGACAACGCGACCGGGUUGGUCGUCAGGUUGGGUGGGUGGGAGAGAAGAGGGGAGGGAGGAUUGGGGAGCUUGGGUACCAAGGAGAUGCGAGAUUGGAGGAAAGAAGAAGCCAACGACCCCAGAAGGGGACGCACGUGA